UUUGCCAUACCGGAAGUAUAUGGUUUGGGUGUGUUGUCAUUUCUAAACGUUAUGCAGAAAUAGAAGAAUAUUUAACACAUUGAUAUCCAGAAGAUAUACAUAGUCAAUCAACAAACUUCAAAAUAAGUCAACGGCUUAAUUUUAGAAAAAUAUUAGGCCAGAAAUAAAUCUAUCGGGGAUCUUUCGUUACUUGGGUCAGGUACAAGAUACAGAAAGUUAUGAUGAGAGCACUUUUAUUGUUUGCAACUUUGCAAUUCAUUGGCAUCACAUAUGGACAGUCAAGUAAUUGUGAAAGACAAGAGAGAAAUACAUGUUCAGAAUGUCUUCAGCUUGUUGGAUGCGCUUGGUGUUCUGAAGUGAACUAUACCAGUAGUCGCUGUAAUACAGAAAAGAAUCAUGUAAGACUAAAAUGCAAUAUGACUGUCACUGGGAAUCCAGAUAAGAUACCUAAUUUUGAUGCUUCAACUCUCAAUAACAACAAUCAGAUAUCACCAAGACUGGUUAAAGCAAAAAUACGUGUUGGUGAACCUUUGAAAUUUAAUUUUCUUGUGAGACCUUCCAAAGACUAUCCUGUUGACUUCUACAUCUUGAUGGAUUUAUCGCUUUCUAUGAACGACGAUUUAAAUAGCGUAAAGAGACUUGCGGUUAACAUUUCUGACAAGUUAAACGAGCUUACCAGCAACCAUAGAUUGGCUUUUGGAUCAUUUGUAGACAAAGUCGUCCCACCAUUUGUUAAAUUUGAAGAUAUUGGAAAACCAUUUAGUGUUUCUCAGAGUGAAAAAGGUGAUCCACCUUACGAUUUCAAACACAUACAAUCUUUUACUAACUCAUCAACAGAGUUCAGGGAUAAAGUUAGUGAACAAACAGUUUCUGGCAAUCGUGACGUACCGGAAGGCUUGUUUGAUGCUCUGAUGCAAGUAGUUGUCUGUGAAAAGGAACUUGAUUGGCGUAGCAAGGAAACAACCAGAAAGAUGGUUCUUAUUGUUACAGAUGCUACUUUUCAUAUAGCUGGUGAAGGAAGAUUUGGCGGUGUUGCUAACCCAAACGAGGCCAGAUGUUCCCUUAAUGCCACUGAUGUUAAUGGUGUCCGGUUUUACAACAAAUCUUUGAUUUGGGAUUACCCUUCACCAAGUAAAUUGUACGGAAGAAUUUUGUCCUCCGGCAUCCAACCCAUUUUUGCUGUAAGCAGUCAGGCCCGAGGUGUGGGCAAUGUUUAUGAGGCGUUAGCUAAAACUUGGGAAGACUCAGGUGCAACUUAUGGAAGUUUGAGUAGUGAUUCAAGAGAUAUUAUUCAACUUAUUCAAGAUAGUUAUGAUAAAAUUACUUCCGAGGUUCAACUCAAGGCUCUCAAUACUGUUGAAGGAGUUGAGGUGGAAAUCAAGCAAGUCAACUGCACAUCUCCUGGUGCUGAUGACCGAUCUUGUUCAAAUGUAAAACCUGGAGAAACAGUGGAAUUUUCAGUAUCUGCUACUGUUACCUCAUGUGAAAAACAUGGAAAUUCGACCAGUUUCCUGAUAAACGCAGCUGGAUUUGGAAGUAUUCAGGUGGAUCUCGAAGUUAUUUGCAGAUGCGAUUGUGAGGACAUUAAGAUUCCCAACAGCCCUCGAUGUAAUUAUAAUGGAAGUUUAGUAUGUGGUGGUUGUCAAUGUAAUGAAGGAUGGUCUGGAGGAUUGUGUCAAUGUGAUACUUCCCUAAGUAGCGGCGGAGUCGACGAAGGCGCCUGUAUAAAUCCCAAUGACACACGCGGUUUCGUUUGUGAUGGCAACGGUGAAUGUGAUUGUGGUGUUUGCAGGUGCAACAUUAUACCAGGCAGAGAGGAUGGUGAAAAGUAUUAUGGACAGUACUGUCAGUGUAGUGACUUCAGCUGCCCGCGAGCAAACAAUAAAAUUUGUGGUGGGAAGGAUCAGGGCAAAUGUCGAUGUGGCACUUGUCAAUGUGAGGAAGGAUUUCUUGGAAGCAAUUGCGGCCGAAUUGAUUGUUCAUACCAUGCAAAAGAUUGUCUUAUUGAUGAUGAGAAUGGUGUCAAAGUGAAUUGCAGUAACAAAGGAAUUUGUCAAUGUGAUGGAACGUGUCGCUGCGAUUCAUUUUAUGAAGGAAAGCAUUGUGAAAAAUGUCCGUCAUGUGGUGGACGAUGCGGAGAUUUCAAAACCUGUGUUUUAUGUAAAGUUUUUGAUCCUGUACCUGAAAACAGGACGCUUUGUGACGCUUGCCCAAGUAUUAAAGAACUCACUACCUUGUCAGAUCUAAUAAAAGAGCAGUUGCCAACAACUUGUGAAGAAAGGGACGAUGAAGGAUGCACGUACUUCUAUAGUUACGAGGAAAAAAAUAACGUCACUACCCUUUAUGUUGUGAAAACUAAAGAUUGUCCUGAAGGUCCUGAUGUUCUUACUAUUGUGCUUGCUGUUAUUGGUGGUAUUGUUGGUAUCGGUAUAAUUCUUUUGAUAUUAUGGAAACUUUUCACUGCCAUGGUGGACCGCCGCGAAUAUCAGAAAUUUGAACAAGAUAGAGCAAAGUCGAAAUGGCACAGGGAAAAAAAUCCUUUGUAUCAACCUGCGGUGUCCACCGUCCAAAAUCCUACGUUUGUUGGUAAAUCCUGAACAUCGCUCUUCUUGGCUCAAUUUAUUUGUCAUUUGAUGUUAUGAAUGAUUACAAGUGAAGAAGAAUUAUUUACUACUGACACAUCUUGUGAAAGAUAUAUUUGUAAAUUACAACUUGACCUGUAUGUUGAGUGGGACAAGCUUAUCAAGUGAUAAUAAAAUUUGGAAAUUUUUUUAUUCGUGUUUAUGCUAGUUACACUCUCUUUAAAUGUUUUGUAUUUUGUCGUUUGAUUUGUAUUUUUAUUUAAUGGAAUAAACAAACCUAGUAUAGCGUUUGUGAGGAAAAUAAAUACGUGUUACUACUA